AUGAUUAAGAAUUUUAUAAUAAAGUUUUAAUCAUAAACUGACACCUCCCAAAUGUAAAGUUUAAGUUUGUUCAUAUAAAAUAUAAAUACUAAUUGGUAAACUAUUUGUAAUUUACCAGAUUUAUUGGAAUUUGCUGAAUUAAUCUAAUACAAACAAGAUUAAUUGAUGAAAAAUAAAUUUGAACAAAUUUAUGAUGAUUAAAAUUUUAGUUUUAAGAAUGAAAUAGCAAAUGAAAUAAAUGAUAAAAUUCGCAGUAACCCUGUAAAAAACUUGACCUUUUUUAAUAAAAUUUAAGAUGAAAAAAAUGAAGAUCUUAGAAUAAGGUUUAGCUAAAUUGAACAAGAUAUAUAAGAUAAACUACUAGCAUUUAAAUAAGAUAAACAAAUUUAAAAGAAGAUUUACUUGAAAUAUUUAAAGCAAUUAAGCCAACGUAUAAAUAGUUCCUUAAAAGAUUCAGAAGUAAUCGUAUUUGAAGAAAUAAAAAAUAUUGAAAGAGAGUAUCAAAACAAAAGGGGAUUUAAGUCACUUGAUGACUUUAUUCUUGGAAUUAGCAAAGAUCCAGAUUAAUUAGCUUAAUUCAAAGAAAAUGAGGGUGAAAUUAAAGCUGCAUUUAAUAAAUUAUGGGGGGAUAUUACAAGAGAAUCAGAGCAAAAGCAAAGUGAAAUAUUACAAGAAUAUUCUACCAAGCAAUAUUAAUGCAUUUCUUCUUCAUUCAAUGAAUACAAAUUAAACACAUAAAAUGAAUAAUUAUAUAUAACCUCAUUUCUUGAGAAUAUUAAUAAUAAUUCCCCUUUUCGAUAAGAUUUCGAUGAAAGAAUGUAAAUUUAUAAUAUUUUUGAAAAAGAAUUAAAAAGUUAGGUUUAAUUUCGACCAAUUUUUAACACAAAAGAAACAAUGAGAUAUGGAGAGGUAUUCCUUUAAAAUUUAGAAGAUCGGAUGAAAAGACCUAAUACUAAAUAUGAUGUAAUGGAUAUCAAAAAUUAUUACUAAUUUUAAAUCAAAGUUUAUUAUGUUGAAAAAAAAACUUUGGAUGAUUACAUUAAAAAAGAUAAAAAAGAUAAAAAAGAGGGAUUAAUUAUUGAUUUAAUAAAAAUAUUAGAAAGAUCUGAAAAUAAUCAAAAUUAACCAAAAGGGAAACAAAAAUAAUAGUAAGCAGAUUAAUAUUUAUACUAAUGUUUGGAUGUAAAUUCAUUUGGUUAAUAAUAUGAGAGUGUCAAUUCUCAAUUUUAGUAAUAUGAGAAUGUAAAUCCUCAUAUUUAAUAAUAAUUUAAUGUCAAUACUCAGAAUUAAUAAUAUAUGAAUGUCAACACUCAGGUUUAAAAAUUAUUGCUACUAUUGGACAUAUUCAAAAUCAAAUAUGAUUCAAAACUUAGGAUAGAUUUAGUAGAGACAAUACAGGAUCCUUAAUGGUGGAAAAUUUGGUCUAGUUAUAAUAAGUAAGUGAUAAAUGCUUUUGAAAAAUUUUAAGAGUCUUUUAAAGAGUUCAAAAAAUAAAAGUAACCCUUAAUGGAUUUUACAAACGACACAUUUAUAAAAAAUAUUAAAGAAUACAAUAAAGGAUUAGAAUUAAAGACUGGUUAAUAUAUUUUUUCUGCAUUAAAAGAAUUAGAGGAAUUUAUUUAAAAUUUUGAACAUAUAAUAAUUUAUAGGGAUAUGACAAUAAUUCCUAAUUCUUCUAGAUAUAAGUAAUUAGAAUCCAGUUUAAAAUACAUUUAGAGAAAGGAAAGUAGUUUUUAGGAGAUUUUUAGACUUAAUUUUAUAAAUUGGUUUUAAACAGCAAUGUUUGAAGAGAACUAAAAAUUAUAGUAAAAUGAAAAUUGCUAAUAGAAUGGGUUUUCAAAAUUUCAGUAGAUUAAUAGUUGGUAAAUGAUGUAUUUCUCAAUUUAUGAUGCAAUUAAAUCAGAAAUGACAAAGGCUCAUCAAGAAAAUGAUAAAAAGGACAACUCAGAUAGUGAGGAGAUAUCUUAAUAAAACACAAGUUUGAUAAAAAUUAUUAUGUCUAAAAUAGAGCAAGAAAUAAUAAAUUAUAAUAAGAGCUUUGCCAAUUUUGGCAUAAUAUUAAGUGGAAUUGGUGAGAGAUGCAUAUAUUAUUAUUCCAUGUUAAUAAUUUGGCGAUUUACAUGCUACAAAAAAGGAAAAGGAGUUUAAGAAAGUAUAUAAAAAUUUGAGAGUCUAAAAGAAAAUUAAUUAUAGAAAUUUAUUGCUGAUAUUAAAUAAAAUAAGACUGAAUAAAGUAAGCUAAAAGCUGAGGCUUUUAUUUGUAAUUUUUAUAAAAGUUAUAUCUAAUAUUUUUAUAGAGAUAAUUAAACAACUUUUGGUACUGAAAUAAAAAAUAAAAACAAAAUGACAAGCACAGAAUUAAUUAAGCUUUUAGACAAGACUAUUUUAGAAGAUUAUUAAAAAGACAAUUAAUUAAAAAAAUAUUCAGAUGAACAAAUAGUAUAAUAUAUAACUGAUUAAACUUAAUUUAUUGAAAAUUAUGUUAAGAAUGAAGUUGACAAGAUAGAAGUUGAAAUUAAAGAUUUGUUUGAAAAUAGAUUAAGAAAAAACCUAAACUCAAUUUUAGAAAAAAUUAAUGCUAAUGUAUAAUAAUUAAGAUCUCACACUGAUAUUCAAAAUCCUCCCAUAAAAUCAAAAGAGUAUUUUGUAAAUAAUGAGAAUGAUAAUAGUAAUGAUGAAUUUUAUGAAAGUAAACUUUUUGAUUUGAUAAUAUCAUGCCUACUAGGUGGAUAAUAAAAAAUGAGUAAAUUUUAGAUUUAGAAAGAGUACGAAGAAAUUUUUUCUAUUGAUUCUUAUUAAAAGAUAGAAGUUAAUAUUUUUGAUAAAUCUAAAUUUUAAGAAUCAGAAUUAUAAAUAUAACUUUUACAGCCUUUUGCAACUGAAUUAUCAAAAUAGUUAAAUAUUCAUAUUUAAAAAGCAAAGAAUGAAAGUUUAUCUUUGGAAAAAUUUAAUAGUUAUUAAGAACUAUAAACUAUAAAAUUAAAUAUGAUUGGCUGUCGUCAUACUUGUCCUAUGUGCAAGCGUAAAUGUGAUUAAUCUUAUUCAAAUGACCAUAAACAUAAAUGCUCAAAUGGUCAUUAACUUAGAGGUAUCUAUUAUUUUAUAUUGUUAAGGGAUGAAUGGAGUUUUAAUUGAAAAUACUCCUUCUUUAUUCACUUGUGAUGAAAUGGAUGAUGAAUGCCUAAUUGAAACUCUAGAAACAAAAGUAAGAAAAAAAUGGAAAGAUAUAAGAAAAAUAUAUGAUGAUUGGAUAUUUAAAGGUCUUGAUGAAACAGAUUAAUAAACUAUUAAAGAAAAGAUGAUGAAAGUAUGGAAUUAAGGGACUGGGUAAAUGAUAUGUUAAUAACUAAAAACAUUGUUAAAAAAAGACAUCAAAUUUGUUCUAAAAAAUAAUUUUUAAGAUGUAAUUAGGUAGCCCAAAAUUCAUUAUAUUUUUAUGCUUGAUGAUUCUGGGUCUAUGAGAGGAAAACGUUGGGAAUAUGCAAAAUCUGGUUGUUUAGGUUGCAUGCUAGAAAUAUAGAAAAAUUUAAAUGCAAGAGUCAGCGUUAUUAUUUUUAACUCAUAUGCUAGAACUGUUAUCAAUUGUGAAAGUGUAAAUCUGGUUGAAAUGGAGAAAAAAAUAUAAUUGAGUGGUGGGGGUACCGAUUUUGGGAGAGCAUUUUAAGAAACAUUUAAUUUAAUUAUCCAGCACUAAAAUGAGGCAUUUGAAAAGUAAAUAUUUAGAAAUAUAUAGAACUGAAAUAUUAUUUUAUACUGAUGGUGAAGCAGCUUAUCCACAAUAAAUUAAACAAUUUAAAGAACUUCCAGAGCAUUAAAAAGCUAGAAUAUUUCUUCAUUGUAGUAGCGAAGAAUCAAAUGCCACAACAUUAUAAAUGAUUGUAAAUGAAUUGAAUGCUUGCCUAAUUAAAUCUGAGUUGAAAUAAAAGUUUUAAGUAACAGAACUUUAAAAGACUUGGGCUGAGAUCGUAAGUAGAGAAUACCAUAACCUAAAGGGUUGA